AUUUAUAAUUAUUGGUCCAGUUGAAGGAUUGACUCAAAUAAUAUUCAAGUCUUAAACAUCACAUCUGUAAAGGUGUUUACUUGUUUUUAUUUUUUACUUUGCCUUUUAUCCAUUUUCUUUAUUUUUGCUUCACAUUUUUACAUUGUCUCUCAAUUACAUUUUUAUUGCUAAUUGUUCAUCUAUCCCUCCAGUUUUAAUUACAAAGAUUAGUGGAUGAUAAUACCCCCUUGUGUUAACCUUUGCUUUAGAAGAUUGUUGUUUGGAUUAGCAUAUCCCUCGUUAACUGUUCGUUUAAAUAUGAGUUCGGAGUUAUCACCGACUAAAGGAGUUAACAAACCACGCGAGUCCACUUCAGGAGGAUAUUCAUAUGUACCAAGUGAUCAUGAAUAUGCAGCUAAAAGAAUAAAAUUGGACGAUGAUCCUGAAUAUGAUGAUUAUGAAGCAGAUUUCGCAGAUGAAGAAUGUGAAACUGGACUUGAUGAAGCUACAGCUGAACAUGAUGAUUUAAAGUCUGAGGUACGAUCUGAUCAUUUGUACAAGGCUUACAAGGUAUCUGAGAAAGAAGCUUUUAUUACUGAAUUUAUUGGGGAUCAUCAAGGAUUCACUGGUGAGAUAAAGCAAAGAUAUUCAGAUUUCCUUGUACACGAAGUUGACCAAUCAGGCCAUGUUGUUAGACUAACCGACCUUACCCAGCCAAUCGAAGAACAGAAACCUGUUAAUCCUGCAAUCGGUGCAAUUGCUUCUAUAUUAACACCAGAACUCCAUCAAAAGUUAGCUGAACUAUCGAUCAACAAAGAAGCUAAUCAAGUUGAUAUUCCUGUUGAUGGUUUGCAAAAGGAUGAGAGGACUCAAAUUCAUAAAUAUGUCAAAGAAAGAUAUCCUGGAUUGGAAUCAAAUUAUACAGAUAAACAGGGUUCUCCGGUAAUUACGGUCAUGAGAAAGGGAAACAAUGCUCGAUAUAGUGCUGCUGAUUGGCCAGUUGGUAAACCCAAUUUUGUCCACUUCGUUCUUUAUCAAGAGAACCAUGGAACCAUUGAAGCCAUUGAAAAGAUUUCUCGAUUUACAGGGAGACAACCAAAAGCAUUUACUUAUGCAGGAACCAAAGAUAAACGGAGUAUAUCAACUCAGAAAGUAUCAUCCUAUAGACAAAAUCUGGACAAACUUUUCGAUCUCAAUACAAUUCUGGGUAAAAAUGUACCAGCUAUAGUCAUUGGAAAUAUUACUUUUGAACGGGAACCCAUUCGUCUAGGUCAAACAAUUGGUAACCAUUUCGAUCUGGUUAUUAGAGAUUUGAUUUAUAAUUCAGAAGAUGAUGUACACCAUGCUUUCCUUAAUAUAAAAGAGAAGGGUUUCAUUAACUAUUUUGGUACCCAAAGGUUUGGUAUGAAUGCUUCACCAUCACAUUCCAUUGGGCUAGCUGUUCUUAAAGAAGACUGGUUGACCGUUUUAGAUUUGAUUUUAUCAGAGAAAAAAGUGGACAAUGAAGCAAGUAGAACCGGACAAUUUGCCAGUUUCAACCAAUGUAUGAAAAUUUGGAAAGAAACAAGGAAUCCAGAACUAGUCCUGAAAGAACUGAGCUUUCGUAACAGUCGAGAGGCACGAAUAAUGAAAGGAAUAAUCAAGAGUGGAUCAAACAACAAUUAUUAUGCCGGGUUUUGCCAAAUAACUAGGAACCAGAGAAUGUUGUAUCUUCACGCUUACCAAAGUUUAUUGUUUAAUAAACUGGCCUCAUUCAGGAUACAGCGUUAUGGUUUAAAGGUUGUUGCAGGUGAUCUAUUGAUUAGCGAAAAGGAAAAAUGUGAGCAAUUGGAUGACCUGAAACAUAUCAAGCCUAGAAUAGCAACGGAAAAUGAUGUCACCACCGCAUCGAUUGAGGAUGUUGUUUUACCUAUUCUAGGUGUCAGCUCGAUUUUGCCAGAAAAUGAAGUGGCUGAUAAGCUGUAUGAACUUCUUGAGGCGGAUGGUGUCACCGUGGAAUCGUUUAACCUCAAACACAAAGAACUGCAUCUCUCUGGAACUUAUCGUAAACUUAUGAGUAAGCCAUCAAACAUGCAAAUGGAGAUUGUGUCUUAUGACGACAACACGAAGCCCUUGUUUUUAACUGAUUUAGAUAUUUUAAAAGGAAAGAAGUUAUCCGAUGGAAGUGGAGACAAAAAAGCGCUUAAACUUUCCUUUAUGUUGCCUACAUCUGCUUAUGCGACCGUAAUGUUAAGAGAAAUGAUGAAAACAGAUAUUAUAUAAAAUGACAAUUGUUUUAUUAAUUAGAAAUAAAAUGAUCAAAGUGUUUUUUAUCGAAUUUAAA